CUCAAAAUGACAUUGACAGCUUCGGUUUUACACAAUUUUCUCCAUUCCAAAACCAACUCAACUUGGGCAAGUUGACCCACAAAACCCCAUUCGAAACCUUUCUAAAAGACACUUGUAAUCUGUAAAGGAUUAUUAUCCAUGCAAAAACCCACCUUUUCUGAUAAAAAUCACACACCCAAAUUAGUAGCAUCAGCAGCAAUUUAAGCCUGUGACAAGAACUGAGAAAUUUGGUGUCUUUAAUGGGGAUCAAGGUGUUGUUGUGGCUGGUUCUUUUGGCAGGAGUUUUAUGUAUUGAAUCCAAGUUCAUGGUGUACAAUACUUCCCAAGGCAUAGUCCCCGGAAAGCUCAAUGUCCAUUUGGUUGCUCACACCCACGAUGAUGUUGGUUGGUUGAAGACAGUUGAUCAGUACUACGUUGGCUCCAACAAUUCCAUCCAGGGGGCUUGUGUGCAAAAUGUAUUGGAUUCUCUAGUGCCUGCAUUAUUGGCUGACCCGAAUCGAAAGUUUAUCUAUGUUGAACAGGCAUUUUUCCAGCGCUGGUGGAGAAAUCAGGGUGAGAAAAUCCAGCAUGUGGUCAAGCAGCUACUGAGCUCGGGUCAACUAGAGUUCAUAAAUGGAGGUAUGUGUAUGCAUGAUGAGGCAGCAACACAUUACAUUGACAUGAUUGAUCAGACAACCCUUGGGCAUCGGUUUAUCAAAGAGGAGUUUGGUAUUGUUCCAAGAAUUGGUUGGCAAAUUGAUCCCUUUGGACAUUCUGCUGUGCAAGCUUAUUUGUUGGGAGCUGAACUUGGAUUCGACUCACUUUUUUUUGGUCGGAUAGAUUACCAAGACCGGGCUAAACGCAUAAAUGAGAAAAGUCUUGAAUUUGUCUGGCAGGGUUCCAAGAGCCUUGGUUCAUCUGCUCAGAUUUUUGCUGGUGCGUUUCCGAAGAAUUAUGAACCUCCACCUGGUGGUUUCUACUAUGAAGUUAACGAUGAUUCCCCAAUAGUUCAAGAUGACAUUAAUUUGUUCGAUUACAAUGUUCAAGAACGAGUAGAUGCAUUUGUUGCUGCUGCAGUAUCACAGGCUAAUAUAACUCGAACAAAUCAUAUAAUGUGGACUAUGGGAACGGAUUUUAAGUAUCAGUAUGCACACACAUGGUUUCAACAGAUGGACAAACUCAUUCAUUAUGUCAAUGAGGAUGGGCGUGUCAAUGCUCUAUACUCUACCCCAUCCAUAUAUACUGAUGCAAAGUAUGCUACAGAUGAAUCCUGGCCAACCAAGACUGAUGACUUUUUCCCUUAUGCAGAUAGUGCAAAUGCAUUCUGGACAGGAUACUUUACUAGUAGACCAGCCUUGAAGCGCUAUGUCAGAAUAAUGAGUGGCUAUUAUCUGGCUGCAAGGCAACUAGAGUUUUUCAAAGGGAGGAGUAAUUCUGGGCCCAAUACAAACUCACUGGCAGAUGCUUUAGCAAUUGCUCAACAUCAUGAUGCAGUUACUGGUACAGAAAAGCAACAUGUGGCUAAUGAUUAUGCAAAACGUUUGUCAAUAGGGUACACAGAGGCUGAGGAAUUAGUUGCAUCUUCACUUUCUAGCUUGGCUCAGUCUACGUCAAAUACUGGAUGCAAGAACCCAACUUUGAAGUUUCAACAGUGCCCACUUCUGAAUAUAAGUUACUGUCCUGGAUCAGAAGUUGAUCUGUCUCAAGGAAAAAAGUUGGUAGUCGUGGUCUACAAUUCUCUUGGAUGGAAGAGGAACGAUGUAAUUCAAAUUCCUGUUAUCAAUGAAAAUGUUACUGUUUAUGACUUUGAGGGGAGAGAAAUUGAAUCGCAACUUCUUCCUCCUGCCAGUGCCUAUGUGGACUUAAGGAACUACUAUGUUAGGGCGUACUUAGGUCAAAGUCCAACUGAGACACCCAAGUAUUUGCUUGCAUUUUCAGUGUCUGUACCACCACUUGGUUUCAGCACAUACACUAUUUCAAGUGCCAAAAAGCCAGGUACGGGUUCAACCAGAUCAUCUGUGCACAGGUUUCAGAAUAGUAAAAAAUAUACUGUUGAAGUUGGACAAGGAAACUUAAAGCUUACCUUUUCCACCGAUCAAGGAAAGAUGAUAAAUUAUGUUAAUAGCAGAAGCUUGGUUGAGGAAUCAGUUGAACAAUCUUAUAGUUAUUACUCUGGAUAUAAUGGAAGUGACAAAGAUCCUCAGAAUUCUGGGGCAUAUGUCUUCCGCCCAAAUGGCACAUUUCCCAUAAAGCCUGAAGGACAGGUUGCUUUGACUGUUCUGCGUGGACCAGUUGUAGAGGAAGUACAUCAACAAAUCAAUCCGUGGAUAUAUCAGACAACCAGACUUCACAAUGGGAAAGAGCAUGCUGAAGUCGAGUUUAUUGUUGGACCUAUUCCUAUUGAUGAUGGAAUUGGCAAAGAAGUUGCAACUCAAAUUACAACUUCCAUGGUUACCAACAAAACAUUUUACUCAGAUUCUAACGGACGUGAUUUUAUCAAAAGGAUUCGUGAUUAUAGAACAGACUGGGACUUGGAAGUGAACCAACCUGUUGCCGGAAAUUAUUAUCCAAUUAAUCUUGGGAUUUACAUGCAAGAUAAUGAGAAGGAAUUUUCAAUUUUGGUGGAUCGGUCUUUAGGGGGAUCCAGCAUAGUGGAUGGACAAAUAGAGCUGAUGCUUCACAGGAGACUACUACUUGAUGAUUCAAAAGGUGUUGCAGAGGCCUUAAAUGAAACAGUCUGUGUUCUUAAUAAAUGCACUGGACUAACAAUCCAAGGAAAAUUUUAUUUCCGAUUUGACCCACUGGGAGAGGGUGCCAAGUGGCGUCGAACUUUUGGCCAGGAAAUAUAUUCUCCACUCUUGCUAGCCUUUGCUGAACAGGAUGGUGAUAACGGGAUGAGUUCUCAUGUAGCCAGUUUUUCGGGGAUUGAUUCCUCAUACAGCUUGCCUGAUAAUGUUGCUCUAAUAACUCUCCAGGAGCUUGAUGAUGGAAAAGUUCUUCUUCGAUUAGCACAUUUAUAUGAGAUUGGAGAGGACAAGAAUCUUUCUGUAAUGACAAGUGUAGAGCUUAAAAAGCUGUUUCCCAGAAAGAAGAUCGGUAAAGUGACAGAGACAAACUUAUCUGCCAACCAAGAAAGAACAGAAAUGGAGAAGAAGAGACUCGUUUGGAAAGUAGAAGGGUCUUCUCAGGAAGAAAACAAGGUUGUGAGGGGUGGACCUGUUGAUCCUGCUAAACUGGUUGUAGAACUAGCCCCCAUGGAAAUCCGCACCUUUGUUAUUGACUUCAAUCCAGAGUCCCUCCGUUAUGUAUUUGAUGCAUAAAAAUAAGAAAUGCCCCAUAACAUGAGGUCCUUACAAGACAUUUACUUUGUGUUGUACCAUAAUCCACAAUCUACUUGAGCUCCAUUUCAGUUGUAUAGUAUUUUAGUCCGCAAGACUAAUUAUUGCACGAUGACUCUUUACCCACGUGUAUCAAUAAACAAGAUUAAUUAGCUCAA